GCCGAUUACAGAAGGCCACUGAGCCCUCUCUCCCCCCUCCUCUCUCACUCUCUCUGUCUCUAUCUAUCUCUCUCAUGAUCCAGCAGGAGACAGACACACAAGCUCAAGUUUUCACCAUUUCACCUCAGGAAAAUACAUUUUUAAAUGGAUGCUGCAACUUUUCAUGGAUUUUCUGUCAAAACUGAUUUUACCUAUAUUGAGGCUUCUCAAACCUUUUUUGUUUAGCUCAUUCUAAAUGCAAGGUUUAAAAAUGACCAGCCUCUCCAGGAGUAUUGAAGACAUAGGACGAGGCACAGGUGAGAGCCCAGCUCACAAACCAGAGACACACACGUAUCGCACCUGGAGCAGCCUCCGCUUCUCAAGAUGGAGAAGUGCCUCACAGAGGCCAAGUCCCCCCAGCACCCCCUCCCCGAAGACAGGCAAGAGGAGCGACGUGACCAACACCCUGCUCUCCCUGGUCAAAACUCACAAUGAUGACUAUACAGCUGACCCCGACGGCCUGCUGGACUCCAACGAGGAGGUUGAUGGAACAAGCGAUGACCUUACACAAAACAAGUCCACCUUCUUCCACAGGCGGUUCUGCUCCUUGCUGCAGCCUGGGGUCAACAAGUUCUCCCUGCGCAUGUUUGGCAGCCACAAGGGUGUUGCUGCUGAACAGGCCAGGGUCAAGAGCUUUGGAGUGUGGAUCAUCCACCCCUACAGUGACUUCAGGUUCUACUGGGACCUUGUGAUGCUCCUGCUGAUGAUGAGUAAUCUGGUUAUGUUACCCUGGGGAAUCACCUUCUUUGAGGACCAGAACACAACACCCUGGAUCACGUUCAACGUCAUAUCUGACACCCUCUUCCUCAUGGACCUGAUUUUCAACUUCCGCACCGGCAUCCUGGGAGAGGACAGCCACGUCAUUCUGGACCCCAAGGAGAUCCGUUCGCAAUACCUUCGCACCUGGUUUGUGGUGGACUUUGUCUCCUCCAUCCCAGUUGACUAUAUUUUCCGCAUCAUUGACUUGGAGUCGAGGCACGAGACUUCGGAUGUUUACCGCACGGCACGUGCGUUCCGCAUUGUGCGUUUCACCAAGAUCCUCAGUCUGCUGCGUCUCCUGCGACUGUCUCGCCUCAUCCGCUACAUUCACCAGUGGGAAGAGAUUUUCCAUAUGACCUAUGACCUGGCCAGUGCAGUGGUGCGUAUCGUCAACUUAAUUGGCAUGAUGCUCCUGUUGUGUCACUGGGAUGGCUGCCUGACCUUUAUGGUGCCUAUGCUACAGGACUUUCCCGCAGACUGCUGGGUAUCCAAAAAUAAUAUGGUGAAUGCUACAUGGCACUUACAGUACUCAUAUGCCCUCUUCAUGGCCAUGAGUCACAUGCUGUGCAUCGGAUAUGGUGCCCACCCUCCAGAGGGCAUGACUGACGUUUGGCUCACCAUGAUCAGUAUGGUUGUUGGGGCCACCUGCUACGCCAUGUUCCUUGGCCAUGCAACCAACUUGGUCCAGUCCUUGGAUGCUUCACAUCGUCAGUAUCAAGAGAAGUAUAAGCAGGUGGAGCAGUACAUGUCAUUCCAUAAACUGCCAGCAGAUGUAAGACAGAGGAUUCACGAGUAUUACGAGCAGCGGUUCCAGGGCAAGAUGUUUGACGAGGACAGCAUCUUUGGAGAACUCAGCGAUCCACUCAAGGAGGAAAUAGUCAGCUACAACUGUCGUGGGUUGGUAGCCAACAUGCCACUCUUUGCCAACACUGAUCCUCAUUUUGUGACUGUGAUUCUCACCAAGCUCCGUUUUGAAGUCUUUCAACCCGGAGACUUGAUCAUAAGAGAAGGAACUCUGGGUCGGAAAAUGUACUUCAUCCAGCACGGUGCUGUCACUGUCAUCCCACGCGGCAGCAAAGAGAUCAAACUCAGCGAUGGAGCGUAUUUUGGGGAGAUCUGCCUGCUCACUCAGGGACGACGCACAGCCAGCGUGAGCGCUGACACCUACUGUCGUCUGUACUCACUGAGCGUGGACAGUUUCAACGAAGUCUUGGAGGAGUAUCCUCUGAUGAGGAGAGCCUUCGAGAGUGUCGCUGUGGACAGACUGGGACGGGUUGCUCGCAGGCCCAGUUAUCAGCCUCCCCCUGCAGAGUGACCUCCUCAUACUAGAAACAGAGAGAAAGACAGAGGGACACUCAUGGAGGAGAGUCGUCCCGCUUUGACUGAACUGAAUGCUGUUGACCUCAUGGAAUAUAUUUAUUUAUUAUUUAAUAUAUGAAUUGAAUUUUGUUACUUGAAUCUCAAUAAUCCACAGCAUCAUUUUGCAUUAGACAUUUUUGAACUCUUCACCUUAGAUAACUAUGGAAAAUUCACAAGCUGGACGAACUCUGGUGAGAAAGUGAUCUAUUGUUUCUUAAAGCAACCUACAUUUUUCCUACAUGUCAAUGUCACGUAUGCUUCACAUACAGAAUAUUAGAAGCACCAGCUGCUAGAUACAUGCUGCAGAUUUAUGUCGCUCAGAUUCAAAUGAUCCCUCAGGUCUGCAUAUGAUGGUUUAAUACCAGUGCACCCUGAGGAUAAGCUGCUGUGAUGUAAUAACUGUACAGAGACGCUUUAUAUGCAGUUACACAGUACAUCACUGUUUAAACUCCUAUAUACAGUAUCAUGGCACACUCACAUUGCAAGUUGUUCCUUUGAUAAUAUUGACUCAGUUAUUUGCAAAUUCUACUUCUGCAUCUCUUCAAUUUAGUUUCCAUAUUACUGGGUGAUUUUUUUCCCCCACACAUGAACCCACAGGCUGUCAUUUUCCUUUUA